CCGGACAGCGAAGCCGCAGAGAGCAGGAUGCGCGGGAGGGCGUGAGCGGGGCCCGCGGCGGGGCCGUGGCCGGGGCGCGAUGCUGCCCGGGCGGCGGCAGUGGCUGCGGCUGUGAGCGGGGCCCCGCCAUGGGCUGCGGGGGCAGCAGGGCCGACGCGAUCGAGCCCCGCUACUACGAGAGCUGGACGAGGGAGACCGAAUCCACCUGGCUGACCAACACGGACUCCGAGGGCUCGCCGCAGGAGGGCGGCAGCGCCGAGGCCGGCGGCCGGGAGCAGGGCGCCCCGCGCCACGGUCUUCUGGAGGAUGGGAAGUCAGCCCAGACAGGUGUAACCACAGCAUCAGCCACAGCUGGAACUCUGACCAUUGAGAAGAGGAAGAGCUGUGGCCCUCCAUGUGCAGCCCCUGUGGCCCCUGGCACGGCAGCUAUGACACAGAGACAGAAUGGCUUCAGGACAGACGAGAGUAAAUGGGACACGCCGAAAAUCACCAAAGAAGUCACCAUUAAUGUCACCAAAGGCAUCAGACCAAGCGACAGAAGGAAAGCAAAGAGCUGUGUCAAUUGACAAAGGAGAGCAGAGGAGAGAAGGGAGCCAGCAGGGCUUCGCUGCGCUGGAAAUGCCAUCGCCCGCUAAAGGCAGGUUGGUCUCCGAGCGUCCCACGCUGCAAACGGCAGGCAGCAGCUGCUGAGUGCCUUCCCGAGCGCCUCGCAGGAGCCAGCAGGAUGUGCAGACGCUGUAGGAGGCUCAGCAGUCCUUCAUCUGGAGCAGUGGCACUGUGCAGACAGGCAGCCCAGUUCCUGCCGCUUGGUUUUUGCUGAGCCCUGUGUUGCCUCCGUGUGGAUGUCCUCUUCGGCACUGCCGUCAGCGUAGAAUAGAGUCAUAGGAUGCUUUAGACGGGAAGGGACCUCAAAGAUUCCAACCCCCUGCCACAGGGGAUGAGGCUGGAUGAUGAGAGACACAGUUCAUGGCAACUGAAACCAGGAAGGGAACAAAGGAAUCUGCGGUUCUGGUCACAAAGGGCCUGGCAUGUGCCUGCUGGAACCCACAGAGCUCACCUGGAGUGCUGAAAGCCAGAGAUCUCAGAGAGACACAGAGAUGGCUGCCACUGCAUCUCUUCUGAGUUACAUCCAUCAGUCACAUGCAGCUGAGUCAUAAGAUGAGAACUGGAAUCACUCAAAAGAACGCAGCUGCUGGAUGACGAAGAAGAGGGAGAACUGGCGGUUAGCACCAUCAGGCAAAGAGACCUUCUGCAGCUUUCCACUCCAGUAUUCCUUAUGCUGCCUCGGUGUGCUUCAUCCCUUCACCAUUCCUGCAGGACACUGGCUGGGAGACAGGAAAUUUUACUGCCUGACAGGUCGGUUUGCCCUGAACAACAGAAAGCAGGGCAAGAGAAUGGCUGUGCAGCAAGAGAUGAGUGCUGGGUUAAACAGGCAUUCUUGUGAGCUCAGUGAAUGAGGUCACCUCCAAACCAGGGGGCUUUGAUCUUCCUCCUCUGCUCCUUCACACCUCUAGUCGUUUGUGCACGUCCUGCCUGUGGACAUUGUGGUGUGUUUAGUGUUGCACUUCUGUUCUGCACUUCAGGCAUGGGGAGGGUCUGGUUUUGGCCAGCCCUUUUACUUUGUGGGUUUGAAUUCUGACACCCAAGUGUAAAAUGUUUUCAUGUUUGACCUGACAUCUGAUUUUCAUGCCUUAUGAGACGAAUGAGCUCUACAAUGUGUGCACAGAGCUGGUGUUUGGAAAAAAAAAGCAAGCAACCAACCAAAACAGGCUUGGUUUUAUUUGGGAAUAAGGACAGAUGUUGCUCUAGCCAAACUAGACUAGCAGGAGUGUUUUGUACUCUCAUUUGAUCUGCAUAGUGAAGAUUAGGACCUCAAAAAAGAGAAAAUAAAGACAAAAUUUUAAGUGUC